AUGGACAGGGUCUUCCGGCUUGAGAAUAUUGUUGAAAUCUUGCUGGAGAACAAAGGUUUUGCCGGUAGAAUAUCUACAGAUGAUUUUUACUGGAUUUGCAAAGAGAUUAAACCAGUUUUGCUGGAUGAGCCUUCUGUAUUAGAACUAGAGCCACCAAUCAAAGUAAGUGGUGAUAUACAUGGACAGUAUCACGAUUUAUUACGUGUAUUUGAUGCAGGCGGCUUUGUUCCUGAUAAUCGCUUUCUAUUUUUAGGUGAUUAUGUGGAUAGAGGCGAAAAUAGCGUUGAAGUCAUUACACUUCUCUUCGCAUUGAAGUUGCUAUAUCCAAAUAACAUAUAUCUACUUCGAGGCAAUCAUGAGAGUCCAGAAAUGACAGAAAGCUUCGGCUUCUACAGAGAAUGCCUGGAGAAGCUCUCAGAAGACCUCUAUCUGCUAUUCAUGGACAUCUUUGACUGCCUUCCGAUAGCUGCUAUAGUUGGUAAGGAGAUAUUUUGCGUUCAUGGAGGCUUAAGUCCCGACGCAGACAAUGUUAAUUUGAUUAAAGCAAUAGAACGUCCUACAGCUGUUCCAACAGAUGGAAUAUUGGCCGAUUUACUCUGGUCAGAUCCAAAUGAAAAAACUGAUAACUGGGGACCAAAUGACAGAGGAGCAACAAUUACAUGGGGACUUUUAGCUGCUAAGAAGUUCCUUCAAUGCAACAAUUUCACUACAAUCAUUCGCGGACAUCAAUUAGCAAAUGAUGGCUACAACUUUCCAUUUUUACCAGAUAAAUCAGUCGUUACAAUAUUUACAGCAAGUUGCUACACAGGCCGCUUUAACAACAAAGCUGCUUUUAUAGAUAUCGGCGUUGGAAAUAAAUUAAGUUACACAAUCCUUCCAUCUGAUAUUCCUGUUGUUAAGUUAUCAAGAUCAUCAAGCUCUGAAACCGGAUUCGCACCAUUACCAAAGACAGAAUCAAAAGAAGAAAUUAUUACGAUUCCUGGCACUCCCAGACAGCAUAAGAAAUAA